CAAGCCUUGGGUGUAGAGUUUCAAGUCGCCCCGCGAGGUUCGGGAAGAACAUGGUGUUUCCUUAACUUUUGCUCCAGUUGAGCCGCGUCCCGCCGCUCGGCUCUGCCCAGAGCCUCCCCUUCCCGCGCUCGCGGAGGGGCUGGGGCUCCCCGGGCGCUCCGAGCCGGCGCCUUCGCUCUCGGGUGCGCUGUCGUGCCGGGAAAGGGGUCCUGUCGGGCGCCCGGGAAGGCAGCCCUGAGCCUCCUCGGCGCCCGCGGCUCGCCCGGGGUCCUCGGAGCGCAACGCGUCUCCCGGGCCGAGCGGCUCCGUCGUUCCUAAACGCGAGGCCGGUUCCUAGGUUUUCUCCCGCCCCUUUGACGUGCGUGAGGAACUCACUCCCUCGCCGGCGCCGCCGGGAGAAGCAGCUGCACUUGGCUCGGGGGGUCUGGGCCGGGGCGGACCGGGGGCCGGUGGGCCGCGGCGAGCGCAGAGGGGCCACCAAGGCUGGGGGUAGGGCGGGGGAGGCAGAAGUCCCGGCUUUUCCAGCCCCUUCCGCUCUCCCCCUUCCUUUCUGCGCUGUCCCGCUCCCUCUCUUCCCUUCCCGGCCCCGAAACCCGCCAGGCUUGGCCUUUCUUCCCUUGAUGGCAAAGCCAUGAACUAGCAGCCGAUGCCACUUCCUUUUCUGCCAGCGCCCGCCCCCGCCCGCCCCCGCUUCUCCUCCGCAGCCCGGACGGGAGGACGCGGCCCGCGGGGCGACCGGUCGGGCCGGACCCAGCCCGGGCCCGGGGGCUGCCCGGGGAGGCGGGAACUGAGCCCCGGACCCCGGGCCCGGCGCGCCCCGAGGGCCGAGGCCUGCGUGCUGCACUCCCGGAGACCCCGGCCCGAGCCCUCCCGCCCGGGAUUCGGGCCUGCGAGUCUCCGCGUACCCCGAAGCGGGCCUGGGAGGGAGACAGGGCUGGAAGAGGGUCUCGCCUCCCCGAGGCAUGGAGGGGAUGGAGGCGGAGGAGACGGCGCCGGAGGCCACCACAUCUGCCCGCGGCGGCCCUCAGAUUGGGCCUUAGAAGAGAGGAAUAGGUGGCUGGACUGCAGAAAGAAACUUGGCAAAUUCUAGAUUAACUGGCGGAGUAAAUGAUCUCGGGAAUGAAAGGGCCCAAGAUAGUGAGCAGAACAGCCAUCGCCAUGGAGGUGACCUCAGCUGUGGAGAAAAGUGGCCCCAAGCAGCAGCUGGAUAAGGGCCACCUUCCGAGGCCCUGGUCCUGCCCUCAGGAGGACAGAGCACCCCACCGGACAGCCCCCCACCCUCCCACAGCAUGGAGGGUACAGCUCCAAGGCCCUUCUGUGCUAGAGUCCAAGGUCAGGGCCUUAAAGGAGAAGAUAGCAGGCAAACAGGGGGGGAGUCCAGGCCCCACCUCCCAAGGGCAGCCAUCCUCCAAGAAACCCAACAGCUGCCGAAUGAAGGCUAGUGGAACCAGGACCCCGGCUGAGGGGUCUUCUGGGCCUAAUGCUGUGGUAGGUGCCCAGAGCCUGACUGACAGCACUGUCAACCAGGAGGAAGCCGUCAGGAACGACUGCCCCAGGCCUUCCAGGUUACCUGCCCCUGCAUUCAAGUCCUGGAGCGGGAGGAGCCUGUGGCCUUCAGAAGCAACAUGGAUGCUGCCUGACCAUGAGCGAGGGCUGCUGCCAGGGCCCAGCUCUUUGCAAGAAAGCCCCAUCCACAGAGUGAAUCCGAGCUGGCCUGGGGGCCCUGGUCCUUGUCACCAAAUCACCCACACACCCAGUCCGAAGACAGGAAGGUCAUGCCACCUGCGAGAUGGCCCAGCCACAGGGGGCAACCCAGACAAUGUGUCUGUGGUCUCUCAGGAGGACUUUGUUCCUAGGAUGGCCCUGUUGGGGGGACUCUGGAGAGCUGGAGACCUGUGGGCUCUGGGUGCUGGGGACAGCCCCUUGUCCCUGUCCGACCAAGUGGAGAGGAACCGCCUUCUCCUGCAGGAGAUGCUGAGUGUUUCGGGGCAGGGCCCCCCCAAGGCAGGGGUCCUGACCUGGACUCCAUCCUGGGACCAAGCUGUACCAGAACGACCAGCGGGGGACGUGGACUGGGACUCGGGCAUCUCCCUGCAGGACUCAGACCAGAACAGGACCUUUGGUCCCAAGCCGGAGCCCGUGCCAAGCCCCAGGCAUGAGGAAGCCAAGCAUCUGCUGCAGCAUGCCCACGUGAAGGCCAGGACCCGGCCCCUCCGUGCCAGCCAUGACAUUGUGCCCACCAUAGCCCAGGGAAGCCGAGAUGGCCGGAGGAGCCCCACCGUGGACCCGAGGAUGGCCCUUGCCUGCAGAGACAGCCCCCAGAACGGGAACAUGAGUGACUCCUCCAGCGGAGAGUCCAGCAGUGGGCAGUGUCCGAAGCGCAGUGCCUCCCCUUCCCACGUCCGCUUCGAGGAUGAGUCUGCCUGCGAUGCCGAGUUCCGCUACCUGGAGCGGCUACAGCAGCGCCAGCGCCAGGUGCUGAGCUUGGCGCUGCCGACCGGGGACCAGGGCCCCCUGCGCUCUAAGCCAGACCUCGCCGACUACAUCAGCGGGGGCGUCCGGCGCAGGGAUGCUGGGGAAGGGGCCCUCCACAGGCUCGUGGGCAGGCUGGACUGGAGGGGCCUCCCGGCCUCACCACCCACGCCCGCUGGCAGCAGCGAGAAGUGCCGAGCCUGCAGCAGGUGUACAGAAGGCUGCCGGCCUGCGGAGGGGAAGGUGCCCCCAGACCCGACGGGUCUCCAGGAGCUGGAAGCCGCCUGCGGGGUGGAGGGGGUGCUGGCGGAGCCCUGUAGCUCCGGGGGCCUGAGCUCUCCCCUCAGUCUCCUCCCUCCCGAGCAAAGACCCCGCCAAGCAGAAUGGGUCAGGGAAACAUACACCGGAGAUAGCGUGCGCCUGGAGGAGGCGGACUCAGCCCUCGACAGCACUGACACCUCGGAUAGCUGCAGAACCGACAGUGAGGAGGCUGGGGCCUCGCAGCCCAGCAGGGCACGGGGCCGACCCCGCAGCGGCAGCCCCUGGCUCCAGGGCUCCAGGUCUCGAGGAGGCCACAGGGGAUCCAGGAAGACCCAAACAGAGCUGCCCCGGGGCCCUCAGACUGGGCAUCCCCUGUCUGGGGUCAACCACCUGGAGGUGGGAGAGGAGGCAAAAGAAGACAGAGGACACACAAGGGAGGGGGCUUUUUUCCCAAGAGAAGAUGCUGUUCCUAAGCCUCCUGCCCUGGAACCUAAGAGGGCUUCCCUGGGCUCCCAGCAGCAGCCUGGACCUGGGCUGGGAAAUCACUGGGCACACCCAGCAGAUCCCUGGGCUCCGUGCAGGACAGCCUGUGCCUGGACCCCUUUCAUGAAGCUCAGACCAUCGGGGCCAGGCAGGCAAGGGCAGGCUAUAGGAAGCCCUGAUUCUCCGGAAAUUGCAUCCACUUCCUCCCUGCAGCACAGCCACGCAGAAUCCUCUGCCCCCCAUCAAGCCCAGCUGCCAACUGCUUCACCGUCCCCUGCAGGCUGGGUGCCAACCCCUCCCUCUACAAGGAAAACCACCUCCCCUGUGCCUCGUAGGAAGGCAGCCCUGGCUCGGCCCUGCAGGGCAGGUGACCAGGGAGGCCCUGUGGACACUCCCCUGCCUCCUCCUACAAGUGAGGUUCCCAGGACCUGUGAGCUCACUUCCACACAGACCUCAGCCUGCAACCCCCAAAUGAGGCACCGGCUGCUGUCCCUGUCCUCCAACAACUGCAACAACAUCUCACCUCAGGGGCCACAGGACCCCUGGAGAGGAGCCACCCCUGAGGGCAGAGCGGAGAGGGGCCCCGGCAGCCAGGAGCCAGAGCCAUCCCAGGAGAAGAGCAGGGACGGAAGACUCCAGGGCUCUCCCUGCUCAGCAGCUGUUGGCACCAUCAGCAACACGGGCAUCACCCUCUCCCUGGCCCCAGAGGAGCCAGAGUCCAGCCAGGAACCAGAAGGAGGCCUGCAGAGGACAGAGCUGAGUUCUGGAGGGUGCACACCGUCCCGAGCCUCACCAGGGGUCAGCGCAGGACCCAGCCCACCCUCAGCCGCCCCUUCGGAAAAGAACAGGAAAAGCAGCAGCAGCAGCACCUCCACCCUGAGGCUGAAAAGGUUCUUCUCUGCCCUGGGCCAAGGUACCCGGCCCAAGUUGGGCAAGUCCCACAGCUACAGUGUGGAGCAGCUGCAGCCCCCUGCGUCCGGCACGGCAUCAAACACCAGCAGCCCCAAAGUGAAGAGAUCCCCAUCGCUACAAUUCCUGCAUCUGGUGUCACCCUCGAACCGACAUCGGAAAGCUGCCUCCUUUCAGAACCUUCAUUCUCUGCUGAGCAGCAGGGCGGACCGCUCCAGCCUCUACCUGGUAGGGGAGCCCGGGGACCACCGUGCAGCUGGCAGGCCCGCCAAAGCCCCGCCCCGGCGUGCCCUCAGCGUGGAGGACGUGGGGGCCCCCAGCCUGGCUCGCACAGUGGGCCGCGUGGUGGAGGUGUUCCCGGAUGGCACCAGCCAGCUGCAGCUGCAGCGCUCCCCAGACAGCACCUUUGGCUUCUGUGUGGCAUCCGGGAACGGCCCGCAGGGACCUCAGGCUUCUACGUGCAGGAGAUGGCUGACGCAGGCACAGCCAAGCUGUAUUCUGGGCUGCUGGGGGUGGGAGACGAGAUCCUCGAGGUGAACGGGGCCAAAGUUGCAGGGCUGGGCUUGGCUCGCCUUAAGGAGCUCCUGGCCCACGCGCAGAGCUUGUCAGUGCGUGUGCUGAGGCAGAGGCCUGUGCCACGGUGACCCAGAGGGGCUCUUGCCCUCGCUGUCAGUGACUCGGAAGCUCUGAACCACCCCAGGGGAGCGGGCUGGGAAGGUGCUGCAGAGAGCUGCAUUGUCGACCGAAAACACAGCUCUUUGGGCCUUGGCCGGGCUUCUGUAAUCGACUAUCUAGGGAGAGGCGAGCAGCCUGUUUGUAUAUUUUAUUUAAGGCCACUAAUUUAUGCCGAACUGGGGGAAAGAACAUAUGGGUCUCUUUCCGUGUCCAAGGUGGUGUCCAUGUCUUUCUUGAGGGUGGAGCGAGUCCUCCGGUUAUCCCUGAGGGUCAGCCUCCCUGCUCUAUCAAAAGCUCCCCGCUGCCUCCGGCCUUCCAGAACAAAAGUGCUUGGCCUUGCUGGCCUCGAUCCUUCUCUUUUUCCAUCUCCAUCCUCCCCUCUCCCAUUCACCAUCUUCCCUCUUUAUCCAGAAGUGGGCAGAGUGUUCUGGAGUAAGGGCCUUACAGCCAUGGACCCUGCAUCCCAAACCCCACAUUGGAACAUGUGGCCUGACAGGAUCUCUCUGCCACAUCUGGGUGAUGUUAUUCGGUAGCCAGAAUAUGAAAAAUUUCUGGGAAAUCUUGAUGAUAUAUAAGGUUACAGGGGAAAAAAUGAAUCUGAGACCAAUUUCGGGGAAGUGGAGCAGUGGUUGCCACGAUCCAGUCCUCCUGCCCCCUCCCCAGGUGGAAGCUGGCCUGGGAGGGCCUCUGGCUGAGCUCACUGAUCAAGGUUCGGGACAAGGCUGCAGCUGGUGCCAAGCUGUCCCCCAGCCACAUGCUGUCUGCCCAGACUCCCUGGCAGGCCAUGGUGACACCACAGAGAGCAGCGGGUGUGGGGUCCCAACUCUGGCCCUCAAUACUGCCCAGACGGUUGGGACACUGGGAGUGGAUGGCCGUGUGUCAGGCAUAAAUUAUUAAAAAAGCAAGGCUGAAGCUUC